AGUGUAUCUCGGAUAGUAGCAAAGAAAAUCAAGAUGGCGGUGCAGAACGCGGCAGUAAUUUGGCUGAUAAUAGCGGCAGUUGUGGGAAUAAUUUUACUCAUAGCCACUUAUGUGGCGAACAGAAACAAAAAGAAAAAUAAGAAAGGUGUAUCUAGACAACCAGACCAACCAGACAAUGUUAGGGAAGUUGGUGGUGGUGGAGCAAGGAGACGUGGAAGAACAGCUCGUUCACUCAUGACAUCAAGAAGAGCACAAGAUGAUGAUGAAGAUGAAGACGAUUACGAAGGGACAGAAGGUUACUCCAUGGGGCUGGACAGCCAGUUGCCUGUGGGAAAGAUUGGAGCAAAAAAACAAAGGAAACUUGAGAUGAAAGAGGAGAAGAGACAACUCAGAGAGCAAAUGGAAGCUGAGAGAGAAGACAAAAAGCAGCGUGAAGCAUUACGUGAAGAAGAAAGGAAGAGACACGAGGAAAGAAGGAGGAGAGAAGAAGAAAGACAGGAAGAGGAGGAACGUAAGAGAAAGGAGGAACAAGAACUUAAAGAGCAUGAAGAAUAUCUGUUGUUAAAAGAACAAUUUACAGUUGAAGAAGAAGGUGUUGGUGAGACAGCAGAAGAAUCUGAAGCACUCCUUGAAGAAUUUGUCAACUACAUAAAGACUAACAAAGUGGUGUUGUUGGAGGAACUGGCUUGUCAGUUUGGUCUUCGCACACAAGAUGCCAUUGACCGAUUACAAGCUUUACAAGAAAUGGAAAGGCUAACAGGGGUGACAGAUGACCGUGGGAAGUUCAUUUACAUAUCCCCCGAAGAGUUGCAAGCUGUGGCUAAGUUCAUUAAGCAACGUGGGAGAGUCACAAUAAGUGAACUUGCAGAAAGCAGCAACACACUUAUCAAUCUACAGACAGACAAGACUCGCACAGAUUCCACAGCAAUGGCUCCAGUGACAGCAUAGGCUUAUGGAAGUAUUGUGACAACAUUGACGGAUGAUAGUGUUUAAGAGAUAGUUAUUCUUUGUGUUGAGAAGUCCAUGAAGCCUAUGCAAGUUUUACUUGUAUUCAGCUCUGAAUUUCAAAUUAAAGCAGUGUUUAAAUUGAAUUGAAAAUUGUAGUGCAGGGAUUAGGAGAGGGAAAAGGAAUGAGUUUAUAAAAAAUUGCCUUCAUGUUCAAUUUGGUGUAGACUUUUCAUGCUAGUCUCGUGUUCCUUUUGUAUGUUUCAGGUUAUAGUAAUGAAGAUAUUAAGAGAAAUAAAAAUACAAAACUGGUUCAAAAAAGUUUUAAGCCCAAGAAAGAAAUCUGACUCACAACAGAGACAUGUAAAAACAUUGUCAACCAGAUAGGGAACACAGCCUGUGUGAAAAUCUGUUGUUAACUCCAGAACACUUCACAUAAAGUUCUAUGAAUUUUUUAAAUAGUUCAAUGUUGUUUGCUCUCUAAUAAAUGUUGCCUAUGUGUGAAAAAUACAAUUUAUAAUGGUAUGGGGUACAAGUCAAACAUUUGAAAUAACUAGCUAUUGGGCAGGUAUUGUUAGUUUGAAUAAUACUCCACUUAUGAACAAAGUGUGGUGGGGCAGUAGCAUUUCGUUGAAUGAAGACAAUAUUAAGUUAAUAAUGCUAUUUUCUGGUAAAAAUAAUAAUUGAUAUAUUUAUUGGCAAGAGACGACUGAUUACAAAGUGUUACCAGAAAAAAGAAAGUUAAAAUUUAAGACAAAAGCAUAUGUACACAACAAGCAACUUACAUGUAAUAUCUCCCAUUCUGUUUUUCAGGUAAGAAUUUCAUAAGCAUAAAAGCAGUGGUAUAGUUAUAAUACUUCAUGACUGUACUAGCACUUCACAUCAAAAUCUUAGUAGAACACAAGUUAGUAUGAUGCAACAGAGUUCUCCUUUUCAGGUGAUGACUGGUUAAAUAACUGCCUGUAGUACAUCUUAUUGUUGCAUAAAAUUGCUUGGGAUUCUUGAAAAUUCAAGAAUUAAAAGGGUUAAUUGCUCUGCCAGUUUGAAAAUUUCUUUUACCUGAAAUGCUUAAAAUAAGGGAGAUCACUGGUACAAUUUAAAGUUUAGAGAACAAUGAAAAACUGAAUAAAAGAACUGUUAGAAUUA